AGAAAAAGAUUAAAAUGGUUGGACCAAAUAGACCACAAAUUGUUCUAUUUGGAUCCUCAAUAGUGCAAUUUAGCUAUAGCCAUGAAGGUUGGGGUUCAAUCCUCACUGAUCUAUACUCUUGCAAGGCAGAUAUAGUGCUUCGUGGAUAUGGUGGUUGGAACACUAGGCUGGCUCUACAGGUUUUGGACCAAAUAUUUCCCAAGGAUGCAGCAGUACAACCAUCACUUGUUAUUGUAUACUUUGGUGGAAAUGACUCAAUGAAACCUGAUCCAAAUGGUCUAAAUGCUGAUGUUCCUCUUCUUGAAUAUAUACAAAACAUGAAGAACAUUGUACUUCAUCUCAAGAGCCUAUCGGAAAAGACUCGAAUACUAGUUCUUAGUACUCCACCAGUGAAUGAGGAACAAAUCAUCAAAUUGUUCGGAAGUUCUCGACGUUCAAAUGAGAGCUCACAUAUAUAUUCAGAAGCUUGUAUAAAAAUGUGCAAAGAGUUGGGGAUCAAGGUGAUUGAUCUUUGGACUGCACUUCAAAAUCGAGAUGAUUGGUUGACUGCUCAUUUCACGGAUGGAGUUCAUUUAACAGCAGAAGCAAGCAAAGUUGUGGUUAAGGAAAUCUUAAAGGUUGUGAAAGAAGCAGAUUGGGAGCCAAAUCUACAUUGGAAAUCAUUGCCAAAUGAAUUUGCACAAUAUUCACCUACUAUCUUUGUUGGGCCUAAUGGUAACACUCCUGUUAUUGUUGCUGAUUUGGACUUGGACUGGCAAGCCCAAUGGAUCUGACAAUAUGAAUGUUUGUCUACCGUCAAGAUAGGGAUUUGCUUCUGCAGAAAAGCAAGAAAGGCAAGAAAAUGCGCUCGAGCAGCUUAGCUUCUUACUAUCACUUUUGGAAAACCUACUUUGAACUUCUCUUCAACUCAAUGUUCAUCAUAUCAGUUACCAUCUUCAAUUCAUAUUUUUUGUAAAACUCUUAUUAACUUCUUUAAGAAGGAUAUUUAGUAAUUUUAAUUUAAUCUAAGUUAUCAUUUUCAUUUGAAUAUACUU